AUGACGUUAUCGUGUCGGUUUUAUAAACAAAAGUACCCGGAGGUGGAGGAUGUGGUGAUGGUAAACGUGCGUUCAAUCGCCGAGAUGGGUGCUUACGUCUAUCUGCUCGAGUACAACAACAUCGAGGGCAUGAUACUGCUGUCCGAGCUGUCCCGUCGCCGUAUUCGCUCCAUCAACAAACUGAUCCGCGUCGGCAAAACGGAGCCGGUGGUAGUGAUACGUGUGGACAAAAACAAAGGCUACAUCGAUCUGUCCAAGCGGCGCGUUUCGCCAGAGGACGUGGAAAAGUGCACGGAACGGUUUUCGAAGGCGAAAGCGGUCAACUCGAUCCUGCGCCAUGUGGCCGACAUUAUGGGGUUCGAUAAUCAGAAACUGGAGGAGCUGUACGAGAAGACGGCGUGGUAUUUUGAGGAAAAGCACAACUUCAAAGUGACCGCAUUCGAUGUGUUCAAGCAGUGCGCUGUUGAUCCAACGUUGCUGGACGAGUGUGGCCUCGAGCCGGAAGUGAAAGAAUCGCUGCUCAGCAAUAUUCAGCGCAAGUUGGUAUCGCAGGCGGUGAAAAUUCGGGCCGACAUCGAGUGCGCUUGCUACGGAUACGAAGGUAUCGAUGCGGUAAAAACGGCACUACGAGCCGGGCUCGAAAUGUCCACUGAAGAGCUGCCGAUUAAAAUUAACCUCAUUGCUCCCCCGCUGUAUGUAAUGACCACAUCGACGCCGGAAAAAGCGGACGGUCUGAAAGCGCUUGAGACGGCCAUUGAAAAGAUUAAGGAAACAAUCGAAGGGCUCGGUGGUGUUUUUAAGGUGCAAAUGGCACCGAAGGUCGUGACAGCGACCGAUGAAGCGGAUCUCGCCCGAAAGAUGGAACGGGCCGAGGCAGAAAACGCGGAAGUGUCCGGGGAUGAGGAGGAUGAUAAUGAGGUUGGUAUCCGGUAUAAGAUGGAUGACGAUGGUGCGGAUAAGGACGACAAGGAUAUCCAGUUCGAGGGCAGCGGCGAUGAGGAAGAUGACAAACAGGAGGAAUAA